AUGGGCGCGAGCGUUGCGGUGGAGACGUCGGUGCCGUGCGCGAGCGAGCGCACCGACGCGGCGUUCGUGCGGCGUCGUCGUUCGUCUGCGACGAGGAACUUUUCGCUCUCGAGCGCACGAAGACGCGUCGUCUCGCGCGCCGCCGACGCGUCGGGGCGCGCCGUAGAGUCGUCGUCGUCGUCGUCAUUUUCGUCGUCUGCAUCGGGCGUCGCGUUCACGUUUCGCGCGCACGAGGCGUCGACGCGAGAGGCGUUGGCGCGGCGGUGCGGCGCGGCGUCCGCCGUGGAGACGACGACGAAAACGAACGAGCGGUUGGGCGUGACGACCACGACGGACGUUUGGCGCACGCCUCGAUUACGUCGCGUGCGGUCGACGUACGUGGACGGAGGGGAGGCGGCGCAGAUUUUUAAUUUAGUGGCGUACCCAGAGCCGAGCGCGCCGGACGCGCCGCUGCUCGGCGUGGAUUUAAUUUGCGUCGGUAAAGGGAACGCGAGGAAGAUUUUGAUCGGCGUGGAUUUGCAACCGAUGUGUCGGGACAUGGAUUACGCUUCGGCGUACGUGCCGGAUCUCUUGGCGGUCGUGGGAGCAGGUGGACGUGCGUCGACGGCGGCGGCGAAGCUAAAUGCGACGACUCCGUCGAAUAAAUUUUACGAGGACGCUGAGUUCUUCUCCAGAGGGAUGUUCUUCGCCAGGCCCGAAAGCGCGAGCGAGGACGUCAUGCGAUGUUCGCUUGACGUCGUCGAGGCGUACGUGGACGUGUGGCUCGCACGCUUGGAUGAGGCGGAGCGCGAAGCGGAGGCCAUGGAUGGCGCGUGUAAAUUUGGACUGGCACUCGAGGAUGUGCGUCGAUGCGUACUCACGGAAGAGACGGCGCGAGCGGCGCAGGAUGCGCACGAUGCGUGGCAACUUACACACGAUCCCGCGAUUCCGAUGUUUGCGAGCUGGUACGGCGAGGAUUGGGCGCGCGAGUUCGCGGAAACGGUUCUGUUUCCAGGCGCAAAGGCGUAG